AUGAUGCACUCGCAGUACAGCCACGCGGGCCGUAACGGUUCCGUGUCUUCGGGGCCGUCGUUCGGGCGCCGACUGCGGCGUCGGUGCGAUCUGUGUAUCCGUGUCUUCAAAUGGUUGCCCGUAGUGUUCAUAGUGUCAGUCCUCGCGUGGGGUUAUUAUGCAUAUGUCAUACAACUCAACCUCAUUAACAUCGACUCCAUUGCCGUCAAGAUCUUGUAUUUGUCACUCUUUCACGUGAUAUAUGUGUUGACUCUCUGGUCCUAUUGGCAGACCAUCUUCACCGACAGCGCACACAUUCCUCGCGAUUUUUGGUUACCGACGGCCGAAAAGGACAAGUUAUUACAGGAACCCAAUGAAGAGAACCAAAGGAGAAUCAUUGAACGCUAUGUCUGUGAACGCAAUCUUCCGGUUCAGUGCAGAGCCUAUAACGGCAUGUAUCGGAUCUGUGAGAUCUGCUAUAUGAUCAAACCCGACAGAGCUCACCACUGCUCCGUCUGUGACCAAUGUGUACUCAAAAUGGAUCAUCACUGCCCGGUUAAUAAUUGUGUUUCGUUUUCAAACUACAAAUUUUUUAUACUAUUUCUUGGAUACGCUUUCGUGUUGUGUCUGUUUUCGGCGGUCACUUCGUUCCCGUAUUUCCUCAAGUUCUGGAAGGUAUGGACGCGAACCCAACCCCUAUCCCUAUCCCCACAGACUAACGAGUUGACAGAAUGGGGAAAAUUUCAUAUACUAUUCCUGUUCUUUGUGUCGAUAAUGUUUGCCAUUAGUUUAAUCUCUCUUUUCGGUUAUCAUAUAUACCUUGUUUUGCUCAACAAAUCCACAUUAGAGUCAUUCCGAGCCCCGGUCUUCAUUGGAGGGCCCGAUCGUAAUGCCUAUAAUUUAGGAAAAUCAAAAAAUUUUAGUCAAGUAUUUGGCGAACAAAAAGUAAUGUGGUUUUUACCGAUUUACACGAGCCCUUUUGCACUCUUCCCAAACCCUAAUAGUAUUGGAGACGGCAUUGUAUAUGAGACGAGACCCACAUUACCGGCCGAACACAACAAUCAGCAAAGUUUUUACAACUCUAUCGGACAGUCAAAUACUAUUUCAAUACCAAUUGACUCGCAACAAGAGUUACAGCAGUCGCACACUGAUGACAGUAAGGGCAGUGGAAUUGUUUUUGAACAAAAAUAUUAUUGCGAAGACAACGACAAACUGUUGAGCGGAGACGAGGAUAACGAGGACAGGGAAGAAGAGGCCAUUAUUAGCCGAACCGCUGCCUCUGUAUAUCAAUUGGUAACGAGUGAAGUGAAAUGUAUAUUCAAACUCGAAUUGUCAUUUCCCUAUUUAUUUUUCAAUAAGUCGACCGACAAAUACAGAGUAAAAUUUUAUGCCUUUUUCCUAAACAAUAUCCAAUCGUUAAAUCUCGACAACUGUUUAGACGCUCACAAACGACGGCUAUUCUCCUCAUUGAAUGACAUGACAUCAUAUGAUAAACGACUGGCCGAUGAAGGGGUCGGUUGUCUAAGGAUUGUAGAGAUAGGGUGUCUAAAAGAGAUCCGCCGUGUGUUGAGACCGAAGGGAAAGUUUAUUUAUGUGGAACACGUCUCCUAUCAAUUGGGAACUCUUGGCUAUAGAUUUCAAUCAUUGAUUGAAUACUUUUGGAGACAAUUCAACGACGACUGCAGACUUACUCAACACACGAGUCAAUACUGGCCAUUAUUAGCCGAACCGCUGCCUCUGAAAUGUAUAUUCAAACUCGAAUUUUCAUUUCCCUAUUUAUUGUUCAAUAAGUCGACCGACAAAUACAGAGUAAAAUUUUAUGCCUUUUUCCUAAACAAUAUCCAAUCGUUAAAUCUCGACAACUGUUUAGACGCUCACAAACGACGGCUAUUCUCCUCACUGAAUGACAUGAAAUCAUAUGAUAAACGACUGGCCGAUGAAGGGGUCGGUUGUCUAAGGAUUGUAGAGAUAGGGGUCGGAAAUGGACAUAAUCUGAAAUACUAUCCAAACAAUACACAUCUGAUCACAAUUGAACCGAAUCCACAUUUUCGUACUCUUUUCGAUACGAAAAUCCAAAACUCGACGAACAUUGUGUUGGAGAGAGUCAUCAAUGGCUUCGCUGAAGACAUGUCCCAAAUUGAAGACAAUAGCGUGGAUGUGGUUGUGUCCAUACAUGUGUUGUGUUCGGUGUCUGACCCGAAACAGUGUCUAAAAGAGAUCCGCCGUGUGUUGAGACCGAAGGGAAGGUUUAUUUAUGUGGAACACGUCUCCUAUCAAUUGGGAACUCUUGGCUAUAGAUUUCAAUCAUUGAUUGAAUACUUUUGGAGACAAUUCAACGACGACUGCAGACUUACUCAACACACGAGUCAAUACAUAAGGGAUGCAAACUUCUCGUCGAUCGAUGAGAACUCAUUGAUUGUCAAAGAGAUUCCCAUCCCUUUAAUAAGACCCCAUAUUUUCGGAAUUGCUUGUAAAUAG